UUCCCCUCCCUCUUCUCUUUGCAGCAAAUGGAGCUGCUGCUGGUGAAUAAGCUGAAAUGGAAUCUGGCUGCAAUGACCCCCCACGAUUUCAUUGAACAUUUCCUUACUAAAAUGCCUCUGGCAGAGGACACCAAGCAGAUCAUCCGUAAACAUGCUCAGACUUUUGUGGCUCUGUGCGCUACAGAUAUUAAAUUUAUUUCAAACCCACCUUCCAUGAUCGCAGCUGGCAGUGUGGUAGCAGCUGUGCAAGGCCUGCAUCUGGGGAACACUAACACUUUCCUCUCCUAUCAAUGCCUCACACAUUUCCUAUCACAAGUUAUCAAAUGUGAUCCGGAUUGUUUACGAGCCUGCCAAGAACAGAUUGAGUCCCUCCUCGAGUCCAGUCUACGCCAGGCACAGCAGCACAAUGUAUCUUCAGAAACAAAGACUGUAGAGGACGAAGCAGACCUCUCCUGCACACCUACUGAUGUGCGAGACGUGAACAUUUAAAGAGGACUUCUUCUUACAUGGAUUUGCUUGGCAAGAAAAGCAGACAAAGAAAGGGCAUCUGAGAAGGAAUCGGCAUCAGGAUCUCCCCCCCAGAAACCCUUUUCUCCAGGACAUUUUUAUACCAGAAGGGAAAACCAGUCUUGUUAUAUUUUUUUCUUGCUCUCCCUUCCAUCUGUGACUUCAAACAAACAAAUAAACAAAAAAUACCCCAAAAACUGUCUUAAAAAUAGAAAAAAAAAUAGUAUUUGCAUUACCCCCAGGGGUUUGUGCUACAAAAAUAGAGGAUUUUAUACAAUAAUAAUCAACUAGUUUUAUAUUAAAGUGUUCUUGUCUGUAUGUUGUAAAAAUAGGCAUUAACACACGAAAUGUCUCCAGGGGAGGUAUUAGAUUUGAUUUCUUACAUAUAAAACAAACCAACCAACCAUUUUUAAAGUAGAAGAGGGUUUUGUUUUGUUUUUUUUUUUUUAGCUAGUAAAUGAAAUAUUCUUUUUCUUUAAAAAGCAUAGCUUUAACGCAGUUCUAGGCUUUUCUAUAUCUUGCUUGCUUAUGCAUUUAGUCACUUUAUAAUUCAUCUGUAAAUGUUUAUUUUACUUCCUUAGGGUUUUUUUUAUCCUCUUCACCUUAUAAAUGGUUAACGUAACCCAUAAGUUAGUGUAUGUUAGUAUGCAGCAUUAUUAUAUGUUAAUCUUUUUUUUUUUGUUGUUGUGCCUGUGGAUUGCCUGUGCAUUGAGGCAUUUGUAGGGUUCCAGCUUAGUGUGGUUGGGAAAGGCCAAUGUACUACUCAUACAGGACCCUAUUAUAAAGAGAAACCGAAAUAGUGACAUAAUAUAUUAUAUUUUUGUAAUCUUCCUAUUUUUGUAGUUACCUGUGUAAAAAUGCUGGUCUGACCCCACAGAUAUUCAGCCUAAUUAUGGUCAGGUUCAAUCCACAGUUCAGUCUUUUUUUUUUUUUUUUGUUCGUUUGUAAUAUUCUAAAACCAUUCCAUUCAAAGCACUUUCAGUCCAUUAGAUAUAGGAAAUACAUUCUUUUAUUGUGUGGGAGGUUUUUUUUUUUUGUUUGUUUGUUUGUUUUUUUAAUGGAAUGGUUUGGAAAUAUAUUAAGUGCUUGUUGGCAAACUUGGAAUUGCAAAGCAAGUGCAUUUAACUAUGGUGUUAGAGGAGAGGUGAUUCUUUUUUUCCGAAGGUUGUGUUCCAGUGAGAGAAAAUUGCAUUCACAAAUUGCCAGGAUAUCUUCCUUUCCUUUUCUAUAGAAAAGUUUGAAGUUUAGAAUCCUUUGGUGCCAACUCAUCUUUAUAAAUUAGGGGCCUUAAAGGUUCACAUAUAGGACACAUAGUUUUAAGGAUUAUCGCUAGAUGUUUUUACAACUGAAGGUUUUUAAACACUAAAAUAUAUAAUUUAUAGUUAAGGCUAAAAAGAAUAUUUAUUGCAGAGGAUGUUCGUAAGGCCAGUAUCAUUUGUAAAUUAAUGCAAUCGCCCCUUUUGAAAAAGAAAAUCUUUCUACCCUUGAUGUUGCAGUUUUAACCCAGCUUAUUAAAGCAAAAAAAGGACACGCUUCAAAGAACAAACCCAAAACCAAGCAGUCUAUUUGGCCCCUUCCUAUACAUUUACAAAAGCAGUCUAACCAUGAAAAAACGCCAUAGUUAAUAGAUAUGAAAAUUGGAGUACUUGAAAGAAGUUUUUAUUCCAGCAUAUGCCCCAUUUUUGUUUUUUUUUUUUAUUUAGCUACAAAUAGAAAAUUUGCACAUCUUGGCUAUGUAUCUUUUUAUUAUUAUUUUAGAAAGUAGCUGAAGGGACGUGGACAUAGCUGUUGAAGUUGAUGCUCGAGGAGAAUAUGAUGGUGAAAUGUAUGUGAGAAAACUGCCACUAAGGUGUUGAUUGUAAAAAAAAAAACAAUAACAAAUAAAAGAACAAAAAAAAGAAAAAAGAUAAAAAAUCAAAAGAUAAAAAAAAAGAAAAAGAUAAAAGAAAAGGAGUGGAUGCUCCAUUUUUAUUGAGCUGCUAUGGAUAAAUUCCCAGCAUGGUUUGAAAAAAAAUUAACAUUGCUUUUCUGUAUCUUUGUCAUUGUGUUUUGCUGCUAUUUUGUGGAUCAGUUUUUUGUUUUUUUUUUUUGUUAUACAAUGUCAUAUACUGCCAUGUAAUAGGUUUUAAUUUUCUCAUAGAAAAUUAUAUUAUUGACAUCAUUUUUUUUGUAGAUUUUUUUAUGUGAUCAAUUUUUACUUAAUGUGAUUACUGCUCUAUUCCAAAAAAGGUUCCUGUUUCACAAUACCUCAUACUUCAGUUACCCGUGUCUAGACCAGGUUUUGAUGUUCUUACAGUGCCUCAUAGUUCUACUGCAAAUGGAAAUGCAUCGAACAUUGCUCUGAAUGGGUCUCUGCAUUAAUUUAAAAACCAGCAGACAUUUCAGAAGAUCAAGUAAUGUCAAGCGUUGGUUGUUUUUUGUUUUUGGUUUUUUUUGUGGUUUUGUUUUUUUUUUUUAUUAUGCAUUUUAUAAAGCUGGAUUCUUUGUCUGAUCUGGGGUUUAUUAUCAUAGUAGUUUUAAGCUGUGUUAUUAGCCACAUUGAUAUAUGAAAGGUGCAUUAUAAUAUAACUCUUGUGUGCCACCUGAUGUGGUUCUCCCUCAGCUGGGACACAUCAUUUGGUAUGAUAGGUUAUCUUCUGGAACUCUAAGUAUUUUGUGUGUUUAAUCUGUUAUGAUAUACUAGGGUUUUUUGUUUGUUUUGGUUUUUUUUUUGUUUAAUUAUAGCAUAAUGCUAAUUUAAAAAAAGCCUGUAAAUCUCAUAAAUAAGCCAGCUAACAGAGUUGUAUGCUGAAGAAUAAUCUAGCUGUUGCCUGUAUGCUGCUAAACCAAAACAGAAUUAAAACUCAUUUUGAGGCAAAUGCAGUUGAGAUCCUACAUAGUUCAUAAAUAAGCAUUGCAAUGCUACUAGCAGUCGCAGGACCCAGGAGGACUGGAUACAUUCUGUCCAAAUUUCAGGAACAUUUCUUACUGCUUACCUCAUAAAACACUUCUGUUCGUGGCAUCUCUGUGUCUCUGAACCAAACAUGAUUAUUGAGUGUAGUGCUUGUUGGUUUUAUUAUGUGUUACACUGAGUGGCAGUGUGUACUGCAAAUUUCUUUAAAAUAUUGUAUGUACUGAAAAAGGCCAAAUCCAGAUAAGUGGGUUCAUGUGCCAACAGAGAUGCUUUAUUUGUCACGUUAUUAUAACAAUCUGUAGUAAGCAAAAGCAAUUCAGAUUUGUACAUUUUUAAUUGUACUUAUUGUCAUCACUGGUCUGAAAUGCACAUUUUCACCAACAGACCUGUAACAGACAAGUUUCCAGCAAAAAAAUCUAAAGUCUAGAAAUAAAAUUGGUAAAACCCAACUGUUGUCGUCUUUUAAUUUACUUUUUUUUUUUUUUUUAUUGCCUUGAAAAUGCUGAAUGGUUGCAACUCCCCGGUGCUGUGAAUAAAGCACAUGACAUUUUCUAGGUUUGACUCUCCACAUUUUAAAAGCUGAAGACCUCUUGCUGUUAUUUUAGGAAACUGUGGGUGUUUUGAGCUGUGGGUAGGUAACGGUCUGCCUGUCACACCAACGUGUCUUUGUAAAGAAGAAAAAUAUUUUUUUCCUGCCUGAAGACUUUAUUUUUUAAGAUCAAAGGAAAUUAGUCAGAGUAAAAUGACCUUUGGUGGUUCAUGUGAAUAAAGGGUAAAACAUAGUAUAUGUUGGAUAGCACAGAAUGCUUGCUGGUACUUUCUCAUCAGUGGAAGUUUUUGUGUCUUUCCCUCAGACACAGCUUUUACAGCUAAGAUAAUAAGGAAUAAACCUGAAAAACAUUAAAGCCUACUUAAAGUAUGUAAAGAAAGAAGUGAACCUGGGGCAAGAAUUAUAUAUUAUUACAAAGUAAAAUGAAAAAAAAAAUAUAGCCUGUGUUCCAAUACACAUGCCAAAGUAAUUUAUCCUGUGAAAUUAUUUCUGCUUUAAAAUAAUUACAUAAAAGGCCAAGUGCUUGUCCUCCCUGUCACAAAUUAGAAAUUCAGUAUCUGCCUUCUGAGUUUCCCACUGACUAAACUUCAUGUUACAACUGAUUCUGUGCAGCGAGAGCAGUACAGGAAAUGAAAAAUGAAACUCCAGAGCUAACUUCUAACGUGCUAAUCAUUGUCUAGUGCAGAAUAAGCCCCUUUCAGGGCAGUUACCACUAGAUGGGAAACCACCUGCAUCAGAAGAAUCCCAGAUGAGCUCGUAUGAGCUCAGUGGUUUCCCAGUCAUUUCAGCCAGAAACCUGAAGCCUGUGUGGCCUACUGUAAAAUCCCAGAUCAGGUGGGUGAAGUAAAACCAGUACAAAGGGGGUGUGGUUUGUUCCAUUUGAAAUGGGCAGCUCUUCUGUACAGUGAGUGACCCUGGGAGGUGUAAAACACUGAAAGAUGACCUGAACUAAACUCACAGGGACUUCAAAAACACAUCGAGCCGAAGGUUACACUGGUCUGGGCCAAAAAUGAUUCAUUUUUCCCAGCAUAUUAAAAAAAACCCCAAAGACCCCAGAAGGAACAAGUAGCUUACUUUUGUAUGGCUGAUUGCUCAUCUCUCUGAUCUUAAGUGUUUGAAAACCAAGUGAAGACACACUUAGGGGAUGUGGACCUCUGACAAAAAUCUUGUGCUGAUAAAAACAUUGCAGUGAUUCAUUGAGAAAUGUAAACCUGUGUUUGGUUGAAUGUGUUAAGUAGGUUUUGCCAUUCCUAUCUCUAACAAAUGCUGUUAAGCUAAGUGUUGUGACUUAAGGUAGGUUUAAGCCCACAUAGUCAGCUCUAUUAUUUACAUUUUCCUUCUGAACAUCAUCUCUAAAUGCAGACUCCUAAACUUUAAUGUUGGGUGCGCUAUGCCAGUAUUACUCACAUUGCAAAGGGCAGAAAGACAAGAAUGUAGCAAGAAAAACUAUUUACUACAGGCUAUAAAAAAUAUUCAAAUUCAGCUAGGCUAUGCUAUAGCUUAUUAAAGGGAAAACUACUGUAAUUUUUGUAUCAAAUUGAGACAUGUAUGAAGAAAAACCUCUACAGGCCUGCCAAAAACCUCCCCAGUUCCAUUGCUGCAUUCAGGCCAUUUGACAAUCUUGGACCUUUUAUGAACACUUAAAUUCAAAUGCUCUUUAUUAAAGAAUAGACAAGAACUAGAAAAUGAAAAAACUCAUAAUCCACUUGCAUUCAAGUACAGCUGGCAUUUUAAGUGAUAGAAAACUCUAGAAGACAGAGGAGAAAGAGAGAGAAGGUUGGAACUGUUUUUAAGAGUCACGGGAAUGGUCCAUGCACGUGGGCUACAUACUCUGAGAUUGCUACAUUGGGACAAUGGCAGUAAAGCUAUAAAUUAUGCCAUUUUAAUGAAUUCCUGUCAGCAUCAUUUUAUGUGAAAUGUAUCUCUUCAGACAAAUAAGGUAUUUUUAUGAUCCCACAAAUAUAAUUGCUCAUAGUAAUUGCAUUGGCAUGGCCAGCAUAGAUUACAUGUGGCUUCUGACUGAGUUCCUCACCAUAUUCCAAUCAAGUGAUGAGAAAGGGAUUAAAAAUUAGUCAAUGGGAUUGCACUGAUAAUGUGACAUUUGCCAGACCUCUGAUUCUGUUCUUUAUGGCCAAGCAGGACCAAAUGUAGGAGGAAGGCAAAAAAUAUUCUUUUGCAUCUUAAAUGUGAUAAACAUAUAAGAAUGAAAACAAAUAAUUCCUUGCUGAUCCUACAGCACCUGCAGAGCCCUACCUAGACCUGUCCUCCUUUCUGCCUGUGUGACAACCAGGCAUUAAACCAUCUCAUAUUUCAGGGAAUGCACCAAGUAUUCACAGGCAUCAUUUUCCUGAGCGCUCUCUCAUGAAGAAGGAAUUACUAGCAGAAGGAUGCUGUGUCCAUGGCAAAUGGGGAAUAAGGCACAUAGGCAGCAUCUUUACUCUGUGGGGGCCCUGCUUGGUGCAGGACCUCAACUACAGGAGGAGAAGAGGGCAAGACACCACCUGUGGAAAAAGAGAAUGGGCCGGGAGUGCUUGUGCUGACAGACACAUGAAAGAACUGGCUAAGAGGGCAAUCCCUUAGGGCUGGAGAGAGCUCCAGGUACAGAUCUCUACCAGCAUCAGGAAUGCUGAACCAAAGGAGGAAUUGUGCCAUGCAAGGGCCAAGCUCCAAGCCAGGACCUAACAUGUGGACUGACCAGAAAAGGAAUCCUCCUCUGGGUCCAUGUAGGGAGCAGAGGUCUAGAGCUCUGAGUCACACUUGUAUCAUGUGCAUCACAGAAUGGAAAUUGCUACCCACUCACCCUUCCCUGUUGAGUAAAUACAUUUUAGAUUCUGUGUUGCAGAGUGGUUUUGUUUCAUCCAUCCCACCUGGCAGCAGCUCUGUGACACUUGGCUUAAUUCCCUCACAAGCCAUAUUCCAUAGAUGCCUGGUCUCCCAUGACAGCCACCACAUUGCUGCUUAUGGCUGGGAUGUGAUUUGUGACAUUAGCAGCAGUCUCCAAGCAGCCGGGCUGUGAGGGGCAGAUCCUCUCCCAAGGGCCCAUGAAAGCACCAGCAGGGCAUUAUGACAACACACCUGAGCCAGCCUGAGGCAGUGACCUCCUGUCCUGAGCCACUGCUCUGAGGGCAAACUGUCUGCAAUGGGCAAUUGAGCUUUUUGAUGUUUCAUUUCUCCCCUUUAUUAGAUUGUAUCACUCCAGAUUGCUCAAGCAACAUAUCUGUCAGACACGUAUUUUCUGGGUUUCUCUUUCCAUGGAGACCCUUGGACUGCAAAGGAUCAGAAGGGUUCUUCCCUUAUGGAUAUGAUUUUUCAAUGUCAGUGAAAGAAGACUGCCUUCACUUCUGCAUGACAGUGCUCAACAGUGCUGCAGAGUCAAACAGUGCAAAGCCUCACGCCUGUA